AAAGGAUCGGAUAUGGCGCAAUACGGCAAGGCAUCGUACUGGGACGAGCGCUACACCAAGGACGCGGAACAGUUUGACUGGUACCAGCGGUAUGCCGGGGUGAAGGACCUGGCGCUGCAGUACUUGAAGAAGACAGACAACGUGCUCAUGUCCGGUGCAGGCAACUCCCGACUGAGCGAAGAGAUGCUGAAUGACGGGUUCCAAACUAUUAUGAACAUCGACGUGUCCCAAGUCGUGAUCGAUCAAAUGAGCAAAAAGUACGAAGGCCACGAAGGCAUGCAGUGGCAGCAAAUGAACGUGUGCUCGCUUUCGUUCUCGGACGAAACGUUCGACAGCGUCGUGGACAAGGGCACGAUGGAUUCAAUUCUGUGCGGCGAAGGCUCCACGGCCAACGUGGCCAAGAUGUGCCAGGAAAUCUACCGCGUGCUCAAACCCAAUGGCGUGUACUUCAUCAUUUCGUACGGCGUGCCCGAUAACCGAUUGAGCUACCUUGAAAACAACGAGCUGCACUGGAAAGUCACAGUCCACACAGUCCCCAAGCCCACGGUCAGCGCCGUCCAAGUCACCGACGCCGCCGAUGCCAACGCUGUCCAUUACAUCUAUGUGUGCCAGAAAGGCGUCAAGACCGAAGGCUAAACAAGUCCAUCCUUAUGUUCAUCCCGCCGCUACCAAUCUCACGAUGAUAUUGAAUGCGAUGGCGGUAGCAGUGUGUACGCGAUCGAUUAAGUGUAAAUCAAUUCCUCGAUUCACAUCAGCAUA